AGUUCCCCACCACCGAUUCCCCGUACCUACACACUUUACGAACCAAAACCAUGUCCUCAAACGUUGGUCUCAGUACCCCAAGAGGCAGCGGCACAUCCGGCUAUGUCCAGCGCAACCUCGCACACCUCAAGCCCCGCGAUUACGGCAAGCCUUACUCGACAGACCUCGAAAGCUUAAAGCACCGGCAACGGCAACCUGACAAGGAGAUCUUGGAACACGAUAGGAAGCGCGAUGUUGAGGUUAAGGUUUUCGAGUUAAGAGAUCGGUUGGAAGAUGAAGGUGUCGACGAAGAAGAAAUUGAAGCCCAAACAGACGCACUGAGAAAGAAGCUACUGAAAGAGAGUGAGAGGGGCGGUGGACCAGGCAAGAAAGGGCUCAAGAUGCAUCAGGUACAUGAGCUGGCGGAGGCGAAGAUUAAGCAGGAUGAUAGGUUUCGGAACGCGUUGGGGAUUAGGAAGGAUUAUGUGGAGGGGGGCCAUUGGAAGAAGCAGGAGGAGAAGUUGAAGGCUGCUGCGGAGAAGGAGAGCCAGGCGAAGGAUGAGGAGAAGUGAGGAUUGGGGAUGGAGCUAUGGUGUGCAUUGUUAGGUUUGGUGUUUGGCGUUUCUGGAUGCAUAAGGGGGACAUUUGAGGGGCUUCGGGAAUUAGGGACGUGGAGUCUGUCAUACGGAGCCUCUGCUGUCUUGAGCGAUAACACGCUGAAGGUGCGAACGAAUCCCGGAUUUCUUUUUGUCAUACCAGUCUAAGUACCUCACAGUUUAUGCCUCUUCUCCCCACUCGCAAUCUUCCUGAACUCCUCCUGUGGAAUUCCCGCGUUAAAUCUCUCCAACCCAGCAAAA